ACUGCCUACAAAGGAGAAAACCUUUAUUUAUUUUAUUUCUGUUUGGUCUCCAGAAAAAUUGUAAAGAGAAGAAAAAGUGUAUGGAUCUGAUACGCCCACCAAUUUGCAGCCGCACUCACGCCUUCACUCUCACCAAGUGUUGUUGAUCAUUGGAAAAUCAAAAAAAUAUUCCACGACUUCAGAAAUCAGCGGAGAGUAGAAGACACAGAGAAAUGUAUUUGUAGAUUGAAACAGUACUAGCGAUAAGAGUGAGUUAAAAUGGCGUUCGAGCCGUUUGAAUGGUAUUGCAAGCCAGUCAAGAAUGGGGUUUGGUCAAAAAUAGUGGAAAAUGCAUUUGGAAGCUACACCCCAUGUGCUACUGACGCUCUGGUGAUCUGCAUCUCAAAUUUGGUUCUUCUGGGGUUGUGCUUGAAUCGGAUAUGGCGAUUAAAGAAAGAUUUUUCGCUUCAGAGAUUCCGCUUAAGAUCAAAUUAUUACAAUUAUUUGUUGGGUCUGUUGUCCCUUUAUUGCACUGGCGAACCUUUGUUCAGAUUGGUCAUGGGUAUUUCGGCAUUUGAUGUGGAUGGUAAGCAUGGUCUCGCCCCAUAUGAGGUGGUUUCUCUCAUCAUUGAGGCUGUGACAUGGUGCUCUCUCCUUGUGAUGCUUGGACUGGAAACACGGGUUUACGUCCGUGAAUCGCGUUGGUCUGUUAGGUUUGGGGUUAUUUAUACGCUGGUCGGGGAUACUGUUAUGAUGAAUCUCGCUCUUUCUGUCAGGGAAUUCUAUGAUGGGUCUGUUUUUUAUUUGUAUGCCAGUGAAGUGGUUGCCCAGGUUUUAUUUGGUGUCCUCUUGCUUUUCUAUGUCCCUGAUUUGGAUCCUUAUCCGGGAUAUUCUCCCUUGCAAGCGGAAUCUUUUGAUAAUACUGCCUAUGAAGAACUUCCUGGAGCGGAACAAGUAUGUCCUGAGAGGCAUGCCAAUAUAUUAUCUAAAAUCACGUUCGCCUGGAUGAAUCCUAUCAUGCAGCUUGGCUAUAAAAGGCCUCUCACUGAGAAGGAUGUUUGGAAACUUGAUACAUGGGAUCAAACAGAAACACUUAAUGACUCAUUCCAGAGAUCGUGGGCUGAUGAGAUCCGAAGACCCAAACCUUGGCUUUUAAGAGCUCUAAAUCGUAGUCUUGGGGGAAGAUUUUGGUGGGGAGGCUUUUGGAAGAUAGGGAAUGAUGCUUCACAGUUUAUUGGUCCCCUUGUAUUGAGCCAGCUUUUACAGUCUAUGCAACGAGGGGAUCCAGCUUCGAUUGGUUACAUCUAUGCAUUCUCAAUCUUUCUUGGAGUGGUAUUUGGCGUGUUAUGUGAAGCUCAGUAUUUCCAAAAUGUCAUGCGUGUUGGCUAUCGGCUGAGAUCAACUCUGGUUGCUGCAGUUUUCCGCAAAUCUUUAAGGCUGACUCACGAAAGCCGCAAAAAGUUUGCAUCUGGCAAAGUAACAAAUUUAAUGACAACUGAUGCGGAAGCUCUUCAGCAAGUAUGCCAAUCACUCCACGCUUUGUGGUCAGCUCCUUUCCGUAUUAUUAUUGCCUUGGUUCUUCUUUACCAGCAGCUGGGCGUCGCUUCACUUCUUGGUGCACUACUCCUUGUUCUUCUUUUCCCCAUACAAACAUUCACUAUAAGCAAGAUGCAAAAACUGACAAAAGAAGGAUUGCUAUGCACCGACAAGAGAAUUGGGCUCAUGAAUGAAAUUUUAGCUGCUAUGGACACUGUCAAAUGCUACGCAUGGGAGGAUAGUUUUCAGACAAAGGUUCAAGGUGUCAGAAAUGAGGAGUUAUCUUGGUACCGGAAAGCACAGCUGCUGGGAGCUUUGAACACCUUCAUGCUUAAUAGUAUUCCUGUAGUGGUGAUAGUGAUUUCAUUUGGGGUAUUCACUUUACUUGGAGGAGAUCUGACACCUGCAAAGGCAUUUACAUCUCUGUCGCUGUUUGCAGUCCUAAGAUUCCCUCUGUUCAUGCUUCCUAACAUCAUAACACAGAUUGUUAACGCGAACGUUUCAUUGAAACGUCUAGAGGAACUUCUUUCAGCUGAAGAGAGAAUUCUUCUGCCUAAUCCUCCCAUUGAACCAGGAUUACCAGCUAUCACAAUCAGGAAUGGAUAUUUUUCUUGGGAGGCUCAGUCUGAAAGGCCAACUCUGUCGAACAUCAACUUGGAUAUACCAAUUGGUAGCUUAGUAGCUGUUGUUGGCAGUACCGGUGAAGGAAAGACAUCUCUUGUAUCAGCAAUGCUUGGAGAGCUUCCAGCAGUUGCAGAUGCAACUGUUGUCAUUAGAGGAGAUGUUGCAUAUGUACCACAAGUUUCAUGGAUCUUUAAUGCGACGGUCCGUGACAACAUACUAUUCGGUUCCCCAUUUGAACCUGCAAAAUAUGAGAAGUCAAUAGACGUCACUUCCCUGCAGCAUGACCUGGAUCAACUACAAGGGGGUGAUCUUACAGAAAUUGGAGAACGCGGGGUCAACAUUAGUGGAGGGCAAAAGCAGAGAGUUUCUUUGGCUCGGGCUGUGUAUUCUAAUUCAGAUGUUUACAUAUUUGAUGAUCCUUUAAGUGCUCUAGAUGCUCAUGUGGGGCGACAGGUUUUUGAGAAAUGCAUCAAAGGGGAAUUAAGAGGAAAAACAAGAGUUCUCGUCACAAAUCAGCUACAUUUUCUAUCACAAGUAGAUAGAAUUCUCUUGGUGCAUGAAGGUACGGUGAAAGAGGAGGGAACAUUUGAAGAGCUUUCAAACAAUGGAAUUCUGUUCCAAAAAUUGAUGGAAAAUGCCGGUAAAAUGGAAGAAUAUGUUGAAGAAAAUGAAGAAGUUGACAUAAAUAAUGAUAGAACUUCCAAAACUAUUGUUAAUGGUUUGGACAAAGAGGUGUCUAAAGAUGCCAAUCAAAAACAAAGUAAGAAGCCAGGCAAGUCUAUGCUAAUAAAGCAGGAAGAACGAGAAACCGGUGUUGUAAGCUGGAAUGUUUUAAUGAGAUACAAAAAUGCUUUGGGAGGUACAUGGGUUGUUAUGAUACUCUUUAUGUGUUAUAUUACAACGGAAGUCCUGAGAGUUUCAAGCAGCACAUGGCUAAGUUAUUGGACAGAUCAAAGCAGCAGUUCAGAUAUUCAUGGGCCAAUAUUUUACAAUUCGGUCUAUUCGCUUCUUUCUUUCGGUCAAGUUAUGGUAACUUUAACAAAUUCAUUUUGGAUGAUCACUUCGAGCCUUUAUGCUGCCCGAAGAUUGCACAUUGCCAUGCUGAAUUCUAUCCUUAAAGCUCCAAUGGUCUUCUUCCAUACGAACCCACUUGGACGAAUCAUUAAUAGAUUUGCCAAGGAUCUUGGUGACAUUGAUCGAAAUCUUGCUCCUUUCGGGAACAUGUUUCUUGGCCAAGUGUCACAGCUUAUUUCUACAUUUGUGCUAAUUGGAAUAGUGAGCACAAUGUCUCUGUGGGCCAUUAUGCCUCUUCUGGUCUUGUUCUAUGUAUCCUAUCUAUAUUAUCAGAGCACAGCACGGGAAGUGAAACGCUUAGAUUCCAUCAGUAGGUCACCCGUGUACGCACAGUUUGGCGAAGCAUUGAAUGGUCUGUCAACUAUACGUGCAUACAGAGCAUACGACCGAAUGUCCGUCAUCAAUGGGAAGUCAAUGGACAAUAACAUCAGAUUCACUCUUGUCAACAUGAGUGGGAACCGCUGGCUCGGCAUUCGUUUAGAGACAGUGGGAGGCCUUAUGAUUUGGUUCACUGCAACCUUUGCUGUCGUGCAGAAUGGAAGGGCAGAGAACCAACAAGCAUUUGCCUCUACGAUGGGUUUACUUCUCAGUUAUGCACUGAAUAUUACAUCUUUAUUAACUGCUGUCCUAAGGCUCGCUAGUCUAGCUGAGAAUAGUUUCAAUGCUGUUGAACGGGUCGGCACAUAUAUAGACUUGCCCUGCGAAGGUCCAGGUGUCAUUGAGAACAAUCGUCCUCUUCCAGGGUGGCCUUCAGCAGGAUCUAUUAGGUUUGAAGAUGUUGUUUUACGAUACAGGCCAGAGCUUCCUCCUGUUCUGCAUGGAAUAUCCUUCACGAUUUCUCCGAGUGACAAAGUUGGAAUUGUUGGAAGGACUGGGGCUGGAAAAUCGAGCAUGCUUAAUGCUCUUUUCCGAAUUGUUGAGCUGGAGAGGGGAAGGGUCUUAAUUGAUGAUUGUGACAUUUCGAAAUUUGGAUUAACGGACCUCCGGAAGGUUCUUGGCAUCAUACCACAAUCACCUGUUCUUUUCUCAGGAAGUGUCAGGUUUAACCUUGACCCCUUCAAUGAACACAAUGAUGCUGACCUGUGGGAGGCUCUUGAGAGGGCCCAUUUAAAAGAUGUCAUCAGAAGGAAUUCUUUGGGUCUCGAUGCGGAGGUCUCUGAAGCAGGGGAGAAUUUCAGUGUUGGACAGAGGCAACUGUUGAGUCUUUCUCGAGCAUUACUUCGCCGUUCAAAGAUUCUCGUUCUUGACGAAGCAACAGCUGCUGUUGACGUCAGAACUGAUGCUCUCAUCCAAAAGACCAUUCGUGAAGAAUUCAGAUCAUGCACAAUGUUAAUCAUUGCUCACCGUUUGAAUACCAUCAUUGAUUGUGACAAAGUUCUUCUCCUUGAUGCUGGCCAGGUUGUGGAAUUUGAUAGUCCAGAAACACUGCUGCAUAGAGAAAAUAGUGCAUUCUCUAAGAUGGUUCAGAGCACAGGCGCUGCAAAUGCUGAAUAUCUGAGAGGCUUAGUUCUUAAGGGGGCGGAAGAUAAUAACGGCAAACGAGAGAUGGAGAAGCAGAUUGACGGGCAAAGGAAAUGGGCUGCAUCUUCUCGGUGGGCUGCAGCAGCCCAAUUUGCACUUGCAGUUAGUCUCACUUCAUCACAAAAUGAUCUUGUCCAAUUAGAAAUCAGAGAUGAAGAUAAUAGCAUUAUCAGAAGAACAAGGGACGCCGUAAUUACUCUCCAGAGUGUAUUGGAGGGGAAACAUAACAAAGAGAUCGAAGACAACCUCGAGCAGUACCAGGUUUCUGGAGACAGAUGGUGGUCAGCUCUGUACAAAAUGAUUGAAGGUCUUGCUGUAAUGAGUAGGCUUGCGAGAAACAAGCUUAACCAGGGAGACAGUUUUGAGGAUAGAACGAUUGACUGGGACCAGGUUGAAAUGUAGUAGAAGACUGAAUUAAUUAAUUCUGAUUUUUGGACAAUUGAUUUUGUCCAUUUAUUUGUUGCAGCUCUUUAAGGUUAUUUAUUUUGUAGACAACUGAGGCUGAAGUUUGAUCAUAUUGAAUAACUUCCACUUUUUUGUUAAGUCGUGAUAAUUUUUUCUGA